AUGCGAUUUACGUCUCAGUUCCGUGAUAAAACCCCGCCGCAUUGGAAGCGUGAAGAGGCAAGACUGAUCUCUCUGAAAAGAAUGAUGGAACUCAGAGAAGAGCGAGCUGUUAGAGAAAGAGAAGAGCAAGAAAGGAUUGCUCGGGAAAAUUUGGAAAAACGAGAUAGAGAGAGAAGGAGGGCCCAUGCCGAAGAAAGUGAAAGGCAAGAGGUUUCUGAACAUGAACACGAGGAUUCUCAUGAAGAGGACGCCCAUGAAGAAGACGAUGUAUGUUUCUAUUUUCAUAUGUCUAUAUCGUUUUAA